AUGGGCGCCAUCAUAUCCACGAUCCAGUCAACUGUCUCGACCGUAUCAUCGGUCCUGAAAACCUUCUCAGCUCUCCAUACUCAAUUCUCAUCCCUCCUCGUUCGGGCCUCAUCCCCACCUAGCCUGCCCGUCCCCGCACCAACCCGCUCAUACUGGCUUGACGACCCGCCGUUUCCUAAGCUAUGCGACAUUCAAGGUGAGUUACCUGCGGAAGCAGAAGUCGUCAUUAUUGGAAGCGGAAUCACGGGUGCAGCGGUGGCCAAGUCACUCCUGGAGUUGUCAGGAGAGUUGAGGGUUGUUGUAUGCGAGGCUAGAGAGCUGUGUAGUGGUGCUACAGGUAGGAAUGGCGGACACAUCAAGUCUACGCCGUACGAGGUUCUUGCAAUGUUCCGCGCCAAGAUGGGACCGGAGAAGGCGGCCAAACUGGCGAGAUUUCAGAGGAGUCAUCUGGAGAUAUUGAAAAAAGUUGGAGAGAAGGUGCCGCAGGGUGAGGUGAGAGAAGUGCAGACAGUGGAUCUGUUUACUGAGAGGGAUGAUUUCGAAAAGGCUCAACGAGAGGUUGAGGAGAUGAAGGUGUGGAUGCCAGAGGAAAAGGCCUUUGUCUUGGAGGCGGAUGAGGUUAGAAAAGAGUUUGGUGUCAACGAGCUUAUUGUAGGGGGAAUAUCCUACUCAGCUGGCGCUCUCUGGCCCUACCGUCUUGUUACGGGUGUGUGGAAUGAUCUGAUCGAUCGGUUCUCAACUCUGAGCGUUCACACCAACACACCCGUCGAAAGUGUCUCGCAAGAAUUAGGAUCGUCGCCAUACACUUAUACGGUCAAGACACCUCGCGGAACACUCAAGACACGACAUGUGAUACAUGCGACCAACGCAUACGCUCCUCAUCUCGUUCAAUCGCUUCGCGGGUGUCUCACUGGCGCCUUGGCACAUAUGUCCGCUCAGCGCCCAGGAGCGUCAUUCCCGUCGUCACACGGAGGACGGUCGUGGUCUAUCGUCUACAACCCGGGUUUUGAUUAUGUGACGCAGAGACCGGAUAAUCAAGAUGGCACGCCUGGGGAUUUAAUGAUUGGAGGGGGGUUCUUUAGGAGUCGUCAGCAGGGACUGGAUCAAGUUGGAGUUUGGGAUGAUAGCCAGGUGCACGCCCUCCCGCUGACGCACAUCCGGGGUGUUAUGCCAGCCAUAUUUGAGCCUCAAUGGGAUGAAGGAAGCAAACUUGUCAAGGCUUGGACAGGUAUCCUGGGUUUCACGGGGGAUCUGAUGCCCCUGGUUGGCCGAGUCCGUCCUUCAAAGGACAAGGACUCAGGAGAAUGGGUUGCAGCUGGGUUCAAUGGCGAGGGCAUGGUUUGGGCUUGGCUUAGCGGAACAGCUCUGGCGGUAAUGGUACUUGGUAUGGAGGAGGAGAAUCUAGAGGAGGGUGUUGGAAGGCCUGGGGCCGUCAACCGCCAGCCCAUCAUUACCUGGAAUGCAUCACCACUGCCUGCUAUCUUCUUCACAACACAACAACACUCUUCAUUCUUCACCCUCUCACUUCACCACAUCUUCAUCCACCCUCAUCAUCUCACUUCGGACUUGUAUCGUCUCAUCGAGCGCAUCGACUCGUGGCGACAGCGUGUGCCCAGUCGCCUAGAGCGGCGAGAUCCGUUUGAGGGCGAUGGCUUUGAGGAGCGUCCUUCAACCCGUCUUACCUUCCGGGAGGCAUCUCCCCCUGCGCGUCGUCCAUCAACCCGCCUCAGCUUCUUCCGCGCCGCCACACCUCUCUUUGGACGCCCUUCCACCUCAGAGUCUAGCCGCCCGUCCUCGGGUCUUCUGAACCGCCCCGUUGAGACUAAGCGCAAGAGACUUUUGGGGAUUUUCAACGGCAAGCGCAAGCGUAGGGACUCGGAGGUGGAGAGUAUCCCGCGGCAACCUAUCCACCUGAACUUUUUGUUUGUGGGCAGCAAGUCUGCUGGACAGACAUCUUUGCUAUUUCUGACGCCUUUUCUCGACCUCUAUCUCAACACGAUCGAGAGGUUGACGUACAUUUCUUGGGACGCUGUGUUUCUCUGUUUCAACAUCUCGGACAAGGUGUCCAUGUAUACCAUCAUGCAAUGGUGGUACCACGCAUCUCACGAUGCAUUUGCAAAGACCGAGACCUUUCAGCCGUUGUUGUAUCUUGUUGGUUUGAAGAAGGAUCUGCGUGAUCAGUGCUUCCUUGAGGAUCACCGGACCGGUUCUGCACUUUCGCCUUCGGGGCUGAUGGCUUAUCCGACAUGCUGUGUCUGUUCCUCUGAGGCAAACUGGCAAGCGAAGCGCAUUGGUGCUCAUCGGUACCUUGAGUGCUCGGCUGCCACUGGUCAAGGCAUGAGAGAGGUCUUUGAAGAUUCGACCCGAGAGGCGGCGAGACGAGCUCUUGGAGAGGAGUGCCAGGAAGAAGAGGCUGCUGUGCCCAAGAAGAGACGACGCUUUUUCUGA